CAUAGAUUGCAUAAACCUUCAUGUUAACUAUCUGAAAAUGUUUUAUAAUUAGCAAAAUAAUCAAGACAAUAAAUAUCAAGUUAUUUACUUAUUGUCAUGGUGGAAAUUGUUAUUGAUCAUAGAAAACGUUUUAAAGAAAUAAGAUCUCAUGCUUACAAUCACAAAAUUGUCCGGUUUAAUUCACGAUCAGGAAAUAAUUCAUUGAAUCAAUCUACAAUAAAUAAAGAUCCUCCAGAGGAGAAAUCUAAUGAAUCAACUGUAUACAAUCAAUACUGGUCAACAAAUGAUUUACUGUCUUUUGAAUGUGGCAGUAAUGAUAAUGAAAAAUGGCACCAUUCAAAUGAAACUGAAUAUCAUAGAGCUAACCUUGAUGAUAGAUUAGGUGUUAAUUUUAAUUCUGGAAUAUUUGAUUGGUCUCAAAGUGAAUCUUGGUUAAUUGUCCAAAAUGCUAUAAUAAAUACCAUUCUUUGUAAACCAAAUCUAGAUAUCAGUGAAGCUGUCAGAAAUAUGAGACAACUGGUAAACUCUGGAAUUGAAACAUCUACUAUUAUUGAAUAUUGUGAUGUAAGUUGAACAAAUCAUUAAUGCCCGUGAUAAAACCUCUUAGAUAUGUACACAAACAUCAUUAGACAUGAAAACAUAAAUACGCAAGCUGUUUAGUACCUUAAAUUCAUCAACCUUGAUUUUCGCAACUGAAAUUUUAAAAUCAUAGUUCAUUUGUAGUAUAAUUUAGUUUGUCCCUAGUGAUUAGUCAAGUUUCAGAAGCACUGUUCCCUCAUUACAUAACCAAGUAGAAAAUGAAAGGUUAUUCAGAAGUCUUAGUUGAGUUUAUUAUCCAUUUACUAUACAUCAAUGUUACUAUACAAACCAACGAUUAACAAUUUUCAACUUCGGUUACUGGUAUGUGCAUUGAAAUAUAAGUACCACCCAUAAUUCUUCAACUAAGAAAUGAAUGGAGUACUAAACAACUUUGGGAUUUACAAGACAAAAAAGGUGUUACGUAACACUAUGCGUACUCUUCGCAGACCGUUGGAAAAGUUAAAUGGCAAUGAAUUGAUCAGUGAACUAAUAAGAAUUUGGAAAUAUUAUAUAAAUUAUAGUUAUCCUAUAAUUUUAUUAAUAUUCACUACAGUGUCAGUUCCACAAAAAACAACUGAAUACAUGUUAGGAGCUUCCUUUUUAAAGUAUAUACUUGAGAGGAUGAAAAUUGAAGACAUUAUCAAGAAACAGAAUAACAAAAUUAAUUCGCAUGUUCGACACAUGUAUUACACAAUACUAACCUUUUGUUUAGACAAACUUUCAGGUGAUAAAAUUCAACAAUAUAAUCAAUUAUUUAUGAAGUAUAUUUUACCUGGAAUGGAAUUCAUAGAAAAUCAAUAAAAGUGAACAUAAUUAUCUUUAGUUUGUUGCUAAGUUAAUUAUGUUACUAAUAAAAAUCAUUUUAUUUUAUAAAAACAAAAAAUACAAAACAAUAACAGUAUGAAUUUCCAAUGGUAAUGAUGAGAACGUUUUCAAGCUACCAUUAAUGGAUUUUAUCACUCUAGAGAGAUUAUUAGACAUCCAAAAUUAUAUGAGAUAUUAUUCUAUAUUCGUUUGAUAUUGAUGUGAACAAAGAAACAAGAAGUUUUGACAAACUACGGAAGCUAUUUUUUUUUGGGGGGGAGGGACGUUAUUUCAUUUAAUUCAAAGCUUGUAAAACAAUGACAUUUAAUUUUGUCCUUAGUCUAUUCUACAUAAAAUAAGCUUUCGUUUGAUGUAUGAUUCAAUGUCAUAGCUCUUUUUGUUCCAAAGCUAUUGUAAUUUAAAUAUAGUAUUUUGUACCCUAUUUUCUAUACUAAGCCCCAGUUUCGGACAUAAUUGUAUUUUCCUAAUUAUUGUAUGCUGUGGUCAUCUAUUUAUUCAUGUAUCUUUUUACACUGAUCUGAAAUCGGGAUAUAGGGAACCAAAUCGGAAUUGGGAAUAAAUCGAGUAGUGUUCCAGUUGACUUGUAUUCUCUUACUCGCGUGCUUGUCAGGUGAUAGAAUAGUUUUCUUCUCUCUACCCCACUUCGAACUCAUUCAUACUAGCCUCCAUGUUAAGCCGGUCAGCCUAUCAGGUCAAGGUCUUAAUCUAGAUUAGACAGGUUAUCCUCAGCACCAAAAGUGGGUAGAGAGAUCAAGGACAUAACAGAUAUGGAUGUAACUUCUUAGAUAUUCUAUUUUAAACUAUCUACUAAAAUGAGGGUGAGGAUUAGAAACGUUUAUCCAUUGGUGUUUAGAAAGCAUUUUCGAGGCGAAUGGGAAACUAUUUUUGGUGAAUUAUACAAACAUAAGUACAUUUUAUAAAAACUGUUGGAAGUUGAAACUUAAGUGUACAUAAGAUAAAUAAGAAUUCUUUGGCCACAUAACAGAUGAAUGUGUAGUGAUAAAUGACUCCUUAAAAUAAACAGUUUUGUUGAACCUAUUUAGUUAUGAUUGACCGUAAUGGAUAAAGAUACCUGAUCAAUUACCUUCAUCAUAUAACGUCUUGACUUAUGGUGAGACUUUUCUAACACUUUAACUAGCCCCAUUGAUAAAAUCUCACGUUUCAGUAUCG